AUGUCAACUCAAUAAAAUCAAGAGCAAUUACCAAAACAAUAAUAAUAACAAAAACAAUAACAAAAACAAUAACAAAGAUAAUAACAAUAACAAUAACCAUAACCAUAAAAACAAAAAUAACAACCAAAAUACAAAAUAUGUGUCAUUUGCAAAAGAUUUUCAUAAUCUUAAUGUGGAGAUUGUCUCGGGUGGGGAGUUUUGUGGUUAAUCUUUUCAAUUUCAGAUGUAGUAUCAACAAUUCAAUGGGAAUUAGGCAUCCUGGGAAUUUUAGGGGCUAUAUUUUGGUUUAUCCUUACAAUGAUUUUUUGUGUUGCAUCUUGUAAUCUAAGAGAAAUUUCAUCGCAAACUUAGAACAUAGAGAUCCUAUCAUGA